AGCACCGCCCACCGCCCUGCACACGCCGCCGCAUCCGAAGCCGACUCCCACGCGCAUGGAUCCCGACCAGGUCGCCGCCGCCAGGGUCCAGCACGACGACCUCGGCGACACUGCCACAUCCGCAGACGCGGGCGGCGACAGUGGCGGCAGUGGCGACAGCUGGGGGCGCGCUCUGCUCCGCCGGGGAUGGGACCUGUCACGGAAGGCCGCCAUCGCCGGCGUCGCGGCCACGGCCGCGCCCGUCGUAGCCCCGCCCCUGCUCGUCCUCUCCGUCGCCGGCCUCGCACUGUCCCUCCCCUUCGCCGCCUACCUCGCCAGCGUGUUCGCCACCGAACGCCUCAUGGGCGCCCUGCUGCCGCCUCCCCGGACCCAGCCAUACCACACCUGGGACGUCGAAGACGAUGAGUUCCUGGAUGCGUCAGAAGCGCCCGGCGGCGAGGCCACUGUGUUCGACUACUGGAGCGAGACAGAGGACGGCGCCAUCAUGGAGAUGGAGGAUGAUGAGAGCUACGCGUCGUUGCCUCUGUCACGGGAAUGUCGUCUGUUGGAAGAGCCGGUGCGGGCAUCGAGCGACGAUGAGGAUACGAUGCCAGAAGGUGAAUUUCGUUUCCAAGAAUCAGGCCACGAGUCAUUUGUGUUGGAUAAUAGUGCACAGAAAGAGGAGGACAACGAGUAUAUUACCAUGGAGGCGGUGUUGCUCCCAAAGGACUUCGAUGAGUCCAUAUCAGCAACACCGGCGUUGUGCGAGGAAGACGAUAUGGUUCCUAAAAUCGUAGAAGCCCUGGUCCAAGAGUUAUCUGUAUCAGACAGUGGAGAUAAAACAGAGGAUGGCAAGCGCACAGGUAUGGAUGGAGUGGAGCCUAGCAAGGAGAUGGUGUCACCGGGCAUCGACAUCGGCACCACUGAAGUGAGCGGCUUCCCAGUGCCGGACGAUAACACGCUGCAGAGCAAGGUAGAAGGUGAUGUAGCAGUGGAAAUGUUGCAGGAGGAAGUGACCAUUAACACCAAUCCUGUUACUGAGGAGGUGGUUGGUGUGCAAAUGGAGGCCACUGCUACUGAACUGCCUGAAUGUGAAUUGCUGCACCCGAGUGAUCGUGUGUCUCAGGAGCCACAAGCGAUGGCAGAAGCUGCGUGUGUUGAUGAUAUUCUCGAGAGUACCUUAACACAAGACAUUGUACUGGAUACUGGUGAUGCAAAUUCAGAGAGUGUGGAGCACACUGGUGUGGGAGAUGUUUCUAGUGUGGUCUCAGUGGUGACCGUGGAUGAUGUUGCAGAUCUAGCUUGCAGUAUGAGUACACCGGAUGUCUCAGCCAUCAGUGACGAUAAGAUGAAUGUUGAGAGUAGGCCAGAUGUUGACCACUCCAAUCAGACAACUGGUGUAGAAUACACAUGGGCGAACAAGUCAGCGAAAACAGAGGAGAGGAAAAGCAUGGACAGCGAAGUGUCUACUAGGAGCAUGACACCGCAAGAAAUUGAUGUUUCUAAAUCACCAGUGCCAGAUGAUCAGAGCAAGAGAGAAGAUGAAGUAACAGUGGAGACGGUGCUGGAAGAAGUGACGAGUACUACUGAUCUUGUUACAGGGGAGGUGGUUGGCGUGCAAGUGGACAUUGUCGCUAGUGGAAGCGAGUCACUGCCACUGAGUGACCUUGUGGCACAAGAGUUACAGGCAGUGACUGAAGCUGCAAGUGUUGAAAGUAUUCAGGGAAGUACUGUAAGGGGAGACAUUGUGAUGGAUACUGAUGAUACAAACACAGAGGGUGUGGAGCAACACGGUGAGGGAGGUGCUUCCAGUUUUAUCUCAGGGGCAUCUGUGGUGACCAGGGAUGAUGAUGAGGAUAUAAUGUCCAGUACGAAACCUUAUGUCUCUGCCAUCAGUGAAGAUAUAAAGAGUGUCGAAGGUAAGCCAGAUGUUAAACACCCUCAUGAAACAACUCUUUUUGAAAACAAGCUGACAGAUGAAGGACUCAAGGGGAAGGUUGUAGCUGAGGACAAGGACAACUACAUAGAGGUACAGCUGAGGGAGCAGCUUGAUACACUAAGAACAAUAACUGGGUAUCGCCCGGCGACAUCCUUGACUCUGGAAGCCGAGCUUGCUGGGUUAUACAUAUUCGUCGGUGUGGAACCCCCUGUCAGCUCGAGGGACUCCUCGGAUCUGAUAGAAAUAAACUUGAAACUCCAGUUCUUGAAAUCGAUAAUAGGAGUGGAGUAAAGAUCUGAGAGGGAAUUGAUAUCUCAGGAGCUUUGUGGUUGUGUAUGAAGCAUAAAUUCCAGUAGUCCACGGUCCAUUCUCUGUUAGAAAGUUGAGACCUGUAUAUGCCAUUCUCUGUUUUCAUGUGAGAGACGGUGGUGAAUGUUCUGUAUGACUGUAUAUGCCUACAGUUCCUGUUCCAUUUGUCGUCUUUGGGAAUGUUUUGUUGCCUCAACUGUGACCUUAAACUUACCUAUUGGGUGGAAAACGCUCUUUGCAACUGUUUCAAAUUGUGAUUUUGACC